CAGCGACCAAUAGCAAGGUAGCAUUUUGAGUACAGUUAACCAAAACACAUGGCGGGCUUUGAAAUCCAAACAUAACCUUGUUUGUCAAAAAUAGUGUUCAACAAGUUGUCAGUUUUUGUUUAGACCGUUAAAAAAAUUAAAAAGUGUGGAAUUAUCGAUACAAAUAUGGCCAACAGAACAAAAAAUUAUCCCAACACAGUAAACCUAGAGACGAUAGCCUGCGAAAAGUACAUGGCAAGAUUGUUGAACAAGGAGAAAUUUUUGACUAGUGCCAUGCUACCCUCAAAGACAGCUAAGGAAAAGACAGUGAAGCAACUACCUCCCAACACCAACAUAAGCCAACUAACAAAGUACAAACAGACUGUUAGGCAACAGAAUAUGCCUUCCCCAAAACAUAAUCUAAGACCUGAUACCCUCACAGGCUUUGCUGAUGAUUCAAUAGUCGAAGUUACAGUUAAGACAACAAAUCCUCCUAGACAGAGAUCACGAUCGACGACCGUAGAGAAGGAGCCCUGGAGCCAACUAUUGAAGCAGCAACGAAGUGGAGAUAAAAUUUCCUUAUUUGGAAAUUUUGAUCCCUUGAGAACUUUGCACUUCCUUGCCAAAGAGUUGCAAUAUCAGUUACAGUCUGCCUUGCCAGAGGACAGCACUCUUCAACAGAUGGUAGCAGAUAUGCAGCAUGCACUUAAAAGAAUCCCACCAGAAGUAGCUUCAACAGUUCAUUUGCAACAAGCAAUUGAGAUGUUUCCUUUAAGAAAAAGUUCGAGUUCUGAAAAUAAUCUGAAAAAAUUUGACACAGCAACAGUAGGUACCCAAACACUCCCAAAUACUGAGAAGGAAGAUAAUCUCAGGCUGCAGAAAAUAAUGGAAGAGAGCACAAUUAAACUCGAAGAUAGUUGUAAGCAAAUGGAGAAGCUGUGUACCAAACUGAAAGAGGAAAAAGAUUCACUUGAAAGGUCUCUAGCUGAGGAGCGAAGAAUUGUGCAAGGCUUGGAGAAAAAAGUAUGGGAUUUGGAAGUACAAAAGAAAGAAAUCUUGGAGCCUAAAAUAAUGAUAUUAGAAGAAGAGAAGUCCAAGUUAGAGAGAAGCUUGGAUGAUUUAGCUAAAAAAGCGGAAACACUCAUUUCUGUAAGGGAGAAAGAAGAAUUCAAAAAUCAACUAACUGAAGCAAGAAACUCAAACUUUUGCUUGGAACAAGAGCUUUGUAAGGUCAAACAUCAAUUGAGGCUGAAUACCAUAGAAAAAGAGAAAUAUAUAGCAAUUCUGUCAGUGCGAGAUAAGCAGAUAAAUGAAAUAAGAAAUGAAAUGACACAACUUCAAGAGGUAGUCAAUCAACAGCUGAUGGAGUUACAUAACAAUGCAUUCCACUCAAUUCCAAAUAGUGACAAUGCGGCCUCUUGUCCACCAGAUGCAAAUGCUGAUAAGAAACCUGUAAAUGGCAUAGGUGAUUCCACUAUCUCAACCAUUUACAGCAAUGAUGAACAACAGCAACACUAUAGCUCAAAAUCUAAUCAUUCCUUCAGAGAUCUACCUUCGGGGGACAUUGACUUGUCUGUGGUUUUGCAAGAUUUGCCUGACAGUGGCUCUUUGAAGCUUGAUGCAUUUAAAGAUGUAAGAAAAUGAUUACUUAUGAUGAAUUGUAUUUUAAGACUAAAUAUGGAUGAUGUAACUUCAGAAACUCAUUCCGUCGUCGUCUAUCUGAUCUAUUACCUUUUAUCUAGCCAAUAGAUAGAACCUGUUUCAUUUCUGCAGUUUGAGAACGGCUGUUAUGAUAGCUGAAACGUCAGUAACGUCAUUUAUUACUCAUUAUUGAUUAUUAAUGGUUUAAUCGUUGAAGAAAUUUAGCAGUUCACAUCACACAAACAUAGUCUUUGUCCAUAUUUUAUUAAUCGACCAGAACAUAUGAGGUUCCAAUGCAGUUAAUGGAACAGUUUCAUACUAAGGAUUGUUAUAGGAUAUAGACGUGGAAAAGAUAGAUUCGCAUUCUAGCAUCAGAAGUAUGGUGAGCGAGAUUAAAAGAGCUGCUUAUGUUGUGGCAAAUACCCCUAGAUAGUUGCAGUAUUUCUAAGUUGGUGAGCAAUUCUCCUGGAGAAAGAGUAAACGAUGAUUUUAGACUUACAGUCUGUAAAUAUUGUACAAAAUUGUGGCUUAAUGUUGUAUCUUCAUGUAUUAUCUUUACACUUUAUGGGUGAAAUAAUGAAAAUAAAUAUUUAUGGAAAAUA